AUGAACCUACAAUUAACUGCCUUAAUGCUAUUUUUAACUACUUUUUAUUUAUCUAAGGCAAAGUUUGAGUGUAUUAAUAAUGAAAUACACUCCGACUAUUUGUCAAACUCCUCUAGAUUUGAUGAAUCCUACAUGUUACAAGAUAGUAAUAAAUAUCAGAGAAUUGUUGAUAACAAUACAAAUCUAAAUAGAACUAAUAAACCAAAAAAUAUUGAAAAAUUUUGGAAUUCAGCAUUAUCCCCUAUCAAGAAAAAAAAAACUGGUCAUUAUAUUACUAGAACUAAUUUAUUUACUUGUGAAACAUAUAUUGAUGAAAGAAAAAAUAAUAUAGAACAGAAUUAUGAAAAUAAAAAUAUUAUAAUAAAUCAAUCUAGAUUAAGUGAAUAUUCAAUAAAACAAAAUUUUAAAUUGGAAAAUUAUAAAAAGAAAAUAUAA